AUGGAAUUAUCUGAAAAUUCAUAAUCAAUUUCAGGAUGGUUUUAAGAUUCUGAAUAAAAGCCAAUUCAAUUAAUAUCAAAACCUACAAGCCGUACAUAUAAUGUCUAAUUUUUAUAGAAUAAGAUAUAAAUAGAUAGAAAUUCUCAAAAAGAAGUGUAAGUAUGUGUUAACAUCUAUAGGAUGAGGAACAAUAUAAAUCAAGUAAUUUUAUAUAAGCUAUUAUUGAUUUAUUGCUUUAAGGUAGGACUUCAAGUUAAAUGCUACUGCCAAAUUAGAUUAUGAAUAAUAACAAUAAAAUAUAAGAAUUAAAGAGAAUUAUGGAAUUCCUGCAAGUUAAUGAAGAGUCAAAAUAUGAUACAUAUCAUCAAUAUAAGCAAUAGACUGAUAUAAGGGAAAUAAGUAAGGAAUGUAUUUAAAAACAGAAAGUUUAAUUCAAGAUUAAAUUAAAGUAAAGUAUUUAUUUAAUUGAGUUGUUUUAAUAAAUAAAUAUUGUAACCAUUAUAAGAGAUUAAUAAAACAAAUCCAUCAACUGAUAGGUAAUAAAGUUGUCAGACUAAUACACUUAAAUACAGAAGAACUCAUAUAAAAACUGAUCAUAAUUAAGAUUUAGGAAAAUCUUCUUCAAUUCACAGAAUUUUAAAUAUUAAGGAAGCCAGACCUAGAAUGAUCAAAUAGUUAAAUGAGUAAUAGAAUAAAUAAAAAGAAUUUGAAUUACUUUAAUUAAUGAUUAAGAAACACAGAGAGAAUGUUUAAUAAUAUUUACCAAAAAAAAAUAAAUAUUUAAGAUGA